CUGCCCACCUCGUAAUCCACCAAAUCUCUAAUUACAAGUUCAAAUCCAAGCACUACCCUCCAAAUCCUCGCUCCUCGCACUCCACCCUCCUCCUCCCUUCCUCUUCUUCUUCUUCUUCUUCGCGUUCACGAGACUUCUUCUUCGUCUCUUCCCCUGUUUUUGCUCUCUCUCUCUCUCUCUAUCUCUGCAACUCCUCGUUGCACCCAAAAACACCACAUGCAUGGACCAUUAACAAAUUGAUCUCUCUUUCUCUCCCACCCUUUAUCAAGUGCGACAGGAUGCCAUCCUCAACAAUGCCCGCAUUGCCACUCCGUCUCCCCGUCUCUUUGCUCCUCCUCUGCUUCCUCUGCUUCCUCUCUCCGCCGUCCGCCUCCGCGCUCACCCCCGACGGCCUCUCCCUCCUCGCCCUCAAGGCCGCCGUCGCCUCCGACCCGACCCGCGCACUAUCCUCCUGGUCCGAGUCCGACCGUAGCCCCUGCCGCUGGACCGGCGUCGCCUGCGCCCGCGGCCGGGUCGCCUCCCUCUUCCUCGCUGGCAAGAACCUCUCCGGCUACAUCCCCUCCGAGCUCGGUCUCCUGGGCUCGCUCAAGCGGCUCAACCUCGCCGGCAACGACUUCUCCAAGCCCAUCCCCUCCCGCCUCUUCAAUGCCACCUCCCUCUUCUCUCUCGACCUCUCCCGAAACUCGCUCUCCGGUCCGGUCCCGACCCAGAUCAAGAACCUCCGCAACCUCACCCACUUGGACCUGUCCUCCAACUCGCUCAACGGGUCGCUCCCCGAAGCGCUUGCCGAGCUCGGGAGCCUCUCCGGGACGCUGAACCUGUCGUACAACUGGUUCUCCGGCGAGGUCCCGGCGUCGUACGGCCAGUUCCCGGUGAUGGUGAGCUUGGACCUGGGGCACAACAACCUCACCGGCAAGAUACCCCAGGUGGGCUCGCUGCUGAACCAGGGCCCCACGGCGUUCGCCGGGAACCCGGGGCUCUGUGGGUUCCCGCUCUCGGCGCAGUGCCCGGAGGCGCAGGAUCCGAGGGCGUCUGGGCCGGAGGACCCCGAGGGCCCCAAAACGAACCGCUUUCACAGCACGCUAGCCGGCGACGAUGGGAUGCCUCAGAAGAGGAGAAAUUCGCUCGUGAUACCGGUUCUUUCCGGGCUCACAGUGAUCGCGGGGGUGGUUUUCGCGUCGGUGUGGUUCGUCCGGAGUAAACGCGGGAGGUUCGGGAGAGACGAGACGGGGAAGGAGAAGGCGGCGGUGAUGGUGGAGGAAGCGGCAGAGCUGGAAGGGCAAAAGGGUAAGUUCGUGGUCCUGGACGAGGGGUUCGAUAUGGAAUUGGAGGACUUGCUGCGGGCGUCGGCCUACGUGGUAGGGAAGAGCCGGAGUGGGAUCGUGUACAAGGUGGUGGUCGGACGAGGCAGCAGUGGCGGAGGCUCCGCGGCUGCGGCGGGGCAGGCAGUGGCCGUGAGGAGGCUGAGCGAGGGCGACGCGGCAUGGCGGUUCAAGGAGUUCGAGUCCGAGGUGGAGGGGAUCGGUCGGGUGAACCACCCGAACGUCGUCCGGCUGAGAGCUUACUACUACGCCAGCGACGAGAAGUUGCUGGUCUCCGACUUCAUUCGCAACGGGUGCUUGCACUCCGCAUUGCACGGGGAACCAUCUAAGAGUUCACCGCCGUUAUCGUGGGCGUUGAGACUAAAGAUUGCUCAAGGAACUGCGAGGGGCUUAGCGUACAUACACGAGCACAGUCCUCGGAAGUAUGUCCACAGGAACCUGAAAUCCACGAAGAUCCUCCUCGAUGAUGAAUUCCAGCCUUACAUAUCCGGAUUCGGUCUCAGUCGUCUUAUCUCGGGGACUCCAGGAUUCACUGCCUCAUCGUCCAAGAAGCACAGCUCUAAUAACCAAACCGUCUUAAGCUCCGCAAUGGAGCUGAAGAUGACAGCUCCCUCGGUCGCUUACUUGGCGCCCGAGGCCCGGGUAUCCGGCACCAAGGUCACCCAGAAGUGCGACGUGUACUCCUUCGGCAUCGUGCUGAUGGAGAUCCUGACAGGGCAGAUGCCGGACGCGGGGCCCGAGAACGAUGGGAAGGGCCUGGAGAGCCUCGUGAGGAAAGUGUUCCGGGAGGAGCGACCCAUGUCCGAGAUAAUAGACCCGGACCUCCUGCACGAGGUCCAUGCGAAGAAGCAAGUUGUCGCCGCAUUUCAUGUCGCGCUGAAUUGCACGGAGCUCGACCCGGAGCUGCGUCCUCGGAUGAGGACGGUCUCUGAGAGCCUGGACCGCAUAAAGGUCCGCUGACGGCUCGGGAGAUGAAAGUGAAGCUGCGGAGCUUCGUUUCGAGUUCCCAAAGAAGCAUUUUGUAAAAUCAUCAGUGCUCUCUUCCUAUGGUUUGUAAAAUCUGUAGCUGGACUUUCCUUAUGGUGGAGGGUUUUUAACCCGUAGAAGAAGUGUCGUGGUUCAAUCUUAGGUUGACUUGACCUUGAAGUGAUAUUUUGUUGCGGGUCUUCUGCAGAUUUAAUCAGCAGCGUUUUUGUGGGCUCCUGGUCCUGCUUUCUUUGAGCAAACGUUGGCAUGAAUAGAAUUUGUAUCUUAUUUUU